AUGGCAGAUAGCUACGCUUACGACCCCGUGGGCAGCGGAGCGCCAGUCAACCAACAAGCGUACAGAAUGGAGGAGGGACAACUUUGGAGGCAAUAUGUCAUCGCCGGCGUCGCGAACAUACUCAUCGCAAGUCUCGGCUACAACAUGGGAUGGACGGCACCUAUCAACUCCAAGCUUAACAGGACUGACGAAUCACCCUUGGAAACCAUACCCACUCCUGAUGACUUGGCUUGGAUGGGAUCAAUUCUCACUAUUGGUGCUAUAUUUGGACCAUUUGUCGGAGGUUUCGCAGCAUCAAAAAUCGGUAGAAAAUGGGGUUUGAUUUCCGCUACCAUCCCUCUAUUUAUCGGUUGGAUCCUGGUGGCGGUGGCUAAGACUAUGGCGUACUUAUUCGCUGGUCGUAUAUUCUGGGGCGUGUCUGUCGGCAUGGUCUUCACUAUAUCGCCAAUGUACUGUGCUGAAAUUGCUACGGAUGAUAGUCGUGGUGCACUCGGGUCUUUCCUCCAAGCCUUCAUCACUUUGGGUUUCUUGUUGGUCUAUGGCAUUGGACCAUAUAUCUCGUAUAUGGCAGUUGCCUAUGUAGGUGUAGCUGUAGUUGCACUCUUCUGCGUUCUCUUCUUCUUCAUGCCGGAAUCUCCUACUUACUACUUGCUAAAGAAUGACAGAGACGCAGCAGCAGAAUGUCUCGCGACUAUCCGUGGCCGCUCCCUCGCGGGUGUUGAAGCUGAACUCAGCAAAAUGGAGGUCGAAGUGAAGGCUUCCUUGGAGAAGACUGCCACGAUUGCUGAUGUCUUCCGCGGCAGUAACUUCAAAGCGUUCUACAUCUCGUGUGCGCUGGUCUUCUUCCAGCAGUUCUGUGGUAUCAACGCUGUUCUCUUCUACAUGACUGACAUCUUCGAUGCAUCUGGAACUUCUCUGGAGUCUUCCGUCGCAACCAUCAUUAUUGGGGCUGUACAGGUGGUUGCUUCAUUCAUCACACCGCUGGUCGUAGAUAGGCUUGGUAGACGGAUUCUUCUCCUCAUCUCCUCAUGUGGAACUGCUAUUGGAGCUGGUUUGCUCGGCAUGUUCUUCCUUCUACAAGAGAACGACAGUCCAGUAGUGGAUACUAUCAGUUUCCUGCCUAUUUUGUCCCUUGUGGUUUUCAUUGUUACCUAUUGCUGGGGUUUGGGACCAUUACCUUGGGCUGUGAUGAGUGAACUGUUCCCCAUCGAAGUAAAGGCUGCAGCGUCACCUAUUGCCACUGCUUUCUGUUGGGUGAUGUCUUUCUUGGUUACCAGAUACUUCCCAACCAUAUCGGCAUCCCUCGGGAUGUUUGUUGGUUUCUGGAUCUUCGGCGUGUGUAGUGUCUUUGCCUUCUUCUUUACAUUGUUCGUUGUGCCUGAGACCAAGGGCAAGAGCUUCCAGGAGAUACAGGAGAUGUUGGGAGCUGGAAAACAAAGACAAGAAAAGGCAUAA